GUCUGAAAUGCAUUGAGCAGCAGUGAACCAUAUUACGCGUUAAACACUUGCUCCUAUCUUGUGAUUGACAGGUGGAAUGGAACCGAGUCCUGAAAGGUUACUUGCAACGACUUCUUCGAAAUGGCUGAAAUGCUAAAGAUUCACCAAAAGUUGUUCGCGCUGAUCCUUGUUUGUGUCUUCUUCGUAAUUUAUUCUAACAGUAGAUGGCUUCGGAUUUCUUUUUCCAAUGUCUUCACGCAAAAUUCAGUCAUUUACCGUCAUCGCCAAUAUAUUAUGAGGUCCGUGUGCCAACAAAACAAUCUCACCGGCAACUCAUCAUAUCAAAUUCAUCCUUUUGUGGCCAGACAGUUGUUUGUGGAGCACACGCACAGGUUUAUCUACUGCGAGGUGCCUAAAGUCGGCUGCACGAACUGGAAGAGGAUCAUCCUCCUCUUAAACAAGACUCUCGGAGCCACGCUCAACGAUCUCGAACACAACUCCGUGCACACUCAUCCUCUCCUGACCAAGCUGAGCGCUUACUCUCCGACGGAGCAGGCGGAGCUGCUGAAUAAUUACACCAAGGUGAUGUUUGUGCGGGAUCCGUUACAGCGGCUGGUUUCCGCCUACAGAGACAAGUUCCUACACGAGGACGAGGAGUAUUACUACGACACGGUGGCCAAGAUCAUCAAGAGAUCGAUCGGGAGGUCGGAAAAUUCCACCGGAAAGAUCACUUUCGAAGAGUUUGCUCGGUUCGUCGUUCAGGAAAACCCGCUUUACAGAGAUACCCAUUGGAAGCCGAUGUAUGAGCUCUGUGACCCGUGCAACAUCCGUUACGACAUCGUGGGCAAGUUUGAAACCAUGAAGCGGGAUUCAGAUUUUGUCUUGAAAACAAUAAAAGCCCCGAAGAACUUAGCAUACCCCAGUAUUAAACAUUAUGCCAACGAAACCAGAACCAGCAAAGAAAUAAGCAUGCGCUUCUUCAGUAGUCUAUCCUACAUGGUACUCGAGAAGCUCAUGGCCGUAUAUAGGGUGGACUUUGCCAUGUUUGACUACAUCCCUUUGAAUAACUCAAUCGUCAGAAAGCAUUUCUGGCGCAUUUGACCUCAUUGU